UGCCACGUCACCUUUAGGAGACUCGUGUGUUUGUUUUGGUUUUUGAAGCUACGUUAGCUGCACUUCUGAUGUGUCGUUGACUCCGUUACAUCAAGCUAACACUCAUAAUUAAAACAAAUGUCGUCGGCGGAGGAUUUUACGCGCUUGCCGCAGCAGAUGUGGGAGAAGGUGUCGUCGAAGGUGAAGAAAGCGGUCGUUUUUAUGGAUGAUAGGUGCGCUGAAGCUCUGCACUGGAGCGGAGGAGCUGAGGUCUUACUGGAGGCUGGAGCCAGAAAUUUAAAGCAGUUUUCAAGCUUUGAAGCCUGCGGAGUGAAUGAACCGAAGGCCGUGUUUGUGGUGAGCACUCUGUUGAAGGGCAUAACGGUGGACAUCAUUAAAGACAUCAUCUCUCUCAGUCACUUCCAGUACUGUGUUGUCUUCACCACGGUGCCUCACUCUGUUCACCUGUUCGCCAAUGACGUCACCGCGGAGCUGGAGGGGAGUCCUGUGUUCGAGCAGUUUGAGGAGAAACUCUGUGAAUGGAUGGGGAACAUGAACUACACCGCUGAAGUCAUGCAUGCCCCCGUGGUGUUCGCCCCCGUGUCCCAGCACCUGCUCCUCACACCCACCUUCACUCACCUGUUCCCCCUGCUCUCACCUGACCUGCAGGCAAUCAAUGCAAAAAGACCAGAGAAGAAGAGAUUUGGGAGCCUGCUGGAUGUUGACAUGCACUCUCUGCCUGUUGAGCUGCAGCUUGAGAUCAAAUCUUUGGCUGCAGCGUUAAAUUCAGUGUUUGAAGCUACAGGGACCAGGGAGGAGAGUUUUGCUGUGGGACCAAUGAGCCGGAUCAUAGCAGGAGAACUAGCCAAUCACCCUCAAGCUAAAAACCGGAGGAAGACAGCGCCAAAUAAAGCAUCCAUCAUUUUUGUGGAUCGUACAAUGGAUCUAACAGGAGCUGUUGGUCACCAUGGCGACAACCUGGUGGAGAAGGUUCUGACUGUGCUCAAUCCUUUACCUGGUCAUGUGACAGACGUACAGGUGGACAUGCUGGAGCUCACAAGUCUGCAGAGAACGCCCCACUCCCACAACACUGUGGCCCCUGGCUGUCUGGCACAGACGCAGUCGUCUGCAGCACAAUCGCUAUGGGAGGCCAUGCUGACCAAUAAACACAAAGAGGGAGUGAUGGAGGUCCGACGGCAACUAGUAGAAGCAGCCAGUAAGGAGAAGCUGCCAAUUAAGAUGAGCAUGGGCCGUGUGACUCCUGAACAGCUGUGCUCCUAUGUCCAGCUGUUCCGGAGCAGCUGGGGGGCGCUAGAGAGUUACUGCGGGGUGCUCCAGCUGGGCCUGGCUACAGCGCAGACACUGCGCCACCCCCACCUGCCCCGCUGGGACGCCUGCCUCGCCUUCGAGAGGCUGCUGCUGCAGGCUCUGGGAGACUCUGACUUCCCCGCUGUCUUGAGGCAGCUGCUGCCCCUGAUGAAGCCUCGAGGAGGAGAGGACAGCUUGUCCUCGGGGUCGAGGUCCGGGGAGGAUGAAUGUGGUCCCGAUGAGCUGAUCCUCCUGCUGGUUUACCUGUACUCCCUGGCUGACGAGGCCCAGCCUGCAGACCAGGAGGCCGAGGAGGAAGAGGAGGAGCUGGAGAAGCUGGAGAGGGAGCUGAUAGGAGCGCUCACCCUGGUCAUCACCCGAGAGAGCCAGCUCAGCCCGCUACUGCAGAAACUCACCGGAUGUGCUAACCCUGAGGAGCUGACCACAGAGCGAGCCCACUCUGCUAUGGAGAAGAUGUUUGAGACUCUCAGAGGGCUGAGUCACACCAGAGACCACCUGAAGCAGCUCCGCUCCGUCUACACGGCCAGCGAUGGAGUUCACCAGGCCACCUAUCGUCCAUUCCUGCGGCAGAUCUUGGAAGAAGUAUUCCAUCCAGACAGACCUGAGUGUCCGGACAUCGAGCACAUGUCUGGCGGCCUCACAGACCUGCUCAAGACCGGCUUCAGCAUGUUUAUGAAGGUGAGCCGUCCUCAUCCCAGCGAUAACCCACUGCUCUUCCUCUUCCUGGUCGGCGGAGUCACGCCGUCUGAGCUUCGACUCAUCAAAGAAGUCGUAACCACGCACAAACCAGGGACUCAGGUGCUGGUUUUGUCCACCAGAUUACUGCGGCCGACCGAUAUCCCCGCACUGCUCUUCUCCUCGCAGAGACUGACGCCCGAUAUCGGCAUCUGAAAAGACCGCCGACACGUGGACACACACACACGCAGGCUCACGUGGAAACACACGCCUAACACCACAAACGUUUUCUGCACCUCAUCAGGUGUGAAUGUCAAAUCAGUAAUGAGAUUCAGUGCUGAAAGCUGAAACACAAAGGGGGAAACAUUCCUGUCAUGUUUAUGUGAGUUUGUUCUGAUGGAUUUCAUUCUGAAGUGUUAAAAUAAAAAAUAUAAAAAAGUGGGUUUAUUUUUAGGUGAGUGGGGAGAGUUGGAUCCUUCCUCUGCAGCCGAACAGAAAUCUGUGAAACUGCACAAGAAGUUUACAAGUUUUGUUUGCAUCAAAUGUUAAUCUUCAAUAAAAUCUGUUAAUUCUCAGA